UUUCUCAAACGAUCUUCGCGGACCCGCCCAGGAAGUGGUUGAGAGGGAGCAGCGAGCAGAGCCACAUUCAGAAGUAUCGCUGGCUACCCACGGCUUGUCAAAAAAAGUUGUGAAGUUAUUGCUUUUAAACAGCAUCAUUUUGUCCAUGUUUAGUCUUAGGAACGCGCUUUCUCCUUAAGACUGGAUAGAAAGUCUGCCUUGGACGUUGGUGCUUCGCUUGGUGAAGUUAACAUGAAUGGCGGGGGUUAAUCUAAUUUCGCGUAACGCCUGUGCCCUGCGAGAAAGUAAGGUUUUAGCUCGAGAGGUUUAGCUAAGCUGAAGGAAAAAAAUUGUGAACAAGGGGGGGUUUAUUUGCGUGAGGUGACGGUGCUUUCCUUUUGUCUUUAAUUUACCCUCUCUGGAUCCUGUUAUCAUGACGCCUGACCUCCUGAACUUCAAGAAGGGCUGGAUGUCCAAACUGGAUGAGAGUGGAGAGUGGAAGAAACAUUGGUUUGUUUUGACCGAUGCUGGACUGAGGUACUACAGAGACUCGAGUGCAGAGGAGAAAGAUGACUUGGAUGGAGAGAUUGACCUAAAAUCCUGUGUGAAGGUGUCUGAGUUUGAUGUGGAGAAGAACUAUGGCUUUCAGAUACAGACGCGGGAGGCUGCGUUCACACUGUCAGCCAUGACAGCUGGGAUCAGGCGGAACUGGAUAGAGGUUUUAAAGAAGUGCAUCCGGCCCAGCAGCUCUCCAGACCUCACACAAUUACCCGACAGCAGCAGUGACAAGGAAAACUCCCAUUCUCGCUUCAUGCUGUCUUCUCGUCGGCCAUCGUCACGUCUUGCCGACGUUCAGUCGGAAGUUUCGACCUCCGCCCCUCUUGCUCAUCGCAGGUUCGACUAUGUUGAGCUGUCCCCUGUUCCCGCCUCGUCCAGCCCUCUCCCUGCCGGUCAGAGAGAAGCAGGGGAGGGCCAGGGGAGGGAGCACAGCCAGUCUCAAGAGGAGAGGAACACGAGCAGCCAGUGGGAGGCUGUGCUGUCCAGGAAGGCCGCUGGCACCGGAUCGAAGCCACGCGUGGAGGAUGAAAUAGAGAAAAAGUGGGCCGAGAUUGAACGCUUGCCGUUAAAGGAGAUGAGCUCCCUGCCGUCAAUGACAUCUCGGUCUCCCAGCCAGUCAGCCAGUGAGGCGCUGCAGAGGGAGGUGGCGUCACUGAGGCAGCAGCUGGAGCAACUACAAGGAGGGAGAGGGGGAGGAGGAGGAGGUAGAGGGAGAGACGGGGGCGUAGUGAGGGGCGGCUGCGGGCCCGAGGCCCCCUGCGGCCGCAGCCUGGCAGCCAUGGAGCGUGCUCAUCGACAGGCGCUGGAGGAGCUGCAGAGGCAGCACAACCGCCAAAUGAAGGAGCUGGAGAACGAGAAGGACAGGCUGCUGCUGGAGGAGACCCGGGCCACCGCACAAGUAAUGGAGGCGCUGAAGAAGAAACACAAAGAGGAACUGGAGAGGGAGGUGGAGAAAGUCAAAAGGCUGAGCAGCGGGGUGCUAGAUUCACAGACUUUGCGAGUCCAACAACAGGCAGAGAGUCAGGCCAUUCAGAGGGAGCUGGCCAGUCUCUCUGAGCGCUACUCUCAGAAGUGUCUGGAGCUAAACCGAACUGAGCAGCAAAACGCUGAGCGAGAGCGGGAGGUCAGCCGUAAGGAGAGAGAUAUGGAGCAGCUGAGGAAAGAGAACCAGGACUUAAAGGCCCGUUUGAAGGAGGAGAUCAGUCGUGUGCACUCCACCAUCGCAGAUCAGCGCUCUGAGGACAACAAAGACAGGACGCACAGUGAACUAGAGGUUCUUCUCAGGAUGAAAGAAAACGAGAUAGAGUACUUACACAAGGAGAUCAGCUGUCUAAGGAACGAGCUGCAGUUUCUUAACACGGAGAAAAGGCUGGCCUGUGAGCGAUAUAAUGAGAUGCACGAGGAGCUGAAUGGGAUGAAGGGCCGGAGCGAGAGAGAGAUCCAGAGUCUGAAGGAGCACUUGAGGCUGGCCAUGGCUGCUCUUCAGGAGGGCCAAAAGCUGGGUAACAGCCUGGACCACUGAGAGUAUCCAGCUGGUACCAGUGGUACCAGUAUGUUUUUAUGUUUUGCAGGUCUGUCUGCACCUUGUUGACUGAAUCAAAGAGAUAUACAGAAAAGCAGAGGAAAUGAGUGCUGGACUUGUACAGUUCUGGCAGUGUGGGGACCAUGAAUAGUGCCUUAGUUUUCAGUCAUUCUGCCAAUGAGCAGCGUAGAAUAGCUAUUAGCUGGUUUCAUUACACUGGGCCACACAAUAUAUAUAAAACUGCACUUUUCUUUUUUGUUUUUAUUAUAGCUUUCGCUUGCUUUUAGUGCAAGCCUGUAUGAGUGCACGUUUGGUCUGAAAACUGGAAUAUUUGUUGAGUGACGUUUUUUUUUUUUAUCAGGUAGUGAAGAGCUCAUACUGUUAUCAGCUUUUUUGUUGGAUAGUCUGCCUGUGUGUCUUUUGCCUGAGACAACAGGGCUCAACACAGUUACAUAAGAGCUACUCUCAGUUUUCUAUGUUCUACAGCUUUUGUUUACUCCGUGCCAGUGGCGCGUUUCUUUAGAAAUGGGAGCUUAUCAUUUGCUGUAAUUAACUUUUUUUUUUUUUACCUGGAAACAAGUGUGCUUAUGUAGUGCUGCGUUAAUGAAUAUGAAAUUCUGAAAAUAAUUGUGGGGAUUAAUACAGAACAAGACAACAGACAUUUCUUAUUCCUGAUGGUCUGAAUUAGAAGAUGAUCUAUAAUUGUGCAGAAGGAAAUCCAGGCUCAGCUUUCUUUGGGGAUGCUUGCAAAAACUGUUUAGUGAAUGUUUUCCCACAUCACAGAUGUCUUUAUUUUUAACCCGUGGCUGAGAAGCAGGAACUCUCAGGCUUCCAGUCCCUCCUGAUCAUUAUUGGCAGUUAUAUGCCACCACCACAGAAGAUGACAGGUGUUGCAUCGAUGAGCCAAUUUUUUAUUGACAGUAUGAAUUGUGGUAAAAUGACUUAUCUACCUGCCUUUUAAAAAUAUUUUCAUAUUUAAUGUACUGUAGAGGCUGUACCAUCUUUGUAAAUUAUACACAGUUUUGCAAUCAAUAAAAUAAGUUUAUCAAAAACA